GCGGGAAUGACUCCCCGACUCCCGAGCGACCCUUCUCCUCCAAGCUCUGACUCGGCAAGUCUUCACCUCUCCCCUCUAGAAACUCUUCAAUUCCUCUCUCUUCAAUCAUUCUUCAAUUGUAUUUGAGUUUCGCUUUUGUCGCAUAAACUCUGUUGCGAUUUCUCUCUAGCGCCCGCCCCUCCUCCGACCAAGCUAGAACCAUUCUCCCCGCCAUCCAUCACCUCUGUAUACAACUUGACUUCGACACAUACGCUGCGACUAAAUUUAUCGAGAAUGUCCGCCCCUUCGCCCACUGACUCUGGCAAGUCAGCCAACCCUCUCAAGCGAAUUGACAAUGAGGGACAUGAUCUCCCUCCAUCUCCCGCUCCGUCAAGCCCUCGCAAUGGUCGCAAACGCUAUGCCCUCGCCACCGAACUUGUAUACACAGAUAGCAAGGACCAAUAUGGCGCCUCCAGCGUUCCCAUCUAUCAGUCUGCCACUUUCAAGCAGACAUCAGCCAGCGGUGGCCAGCAAGAAUAUGACUACACGCGCUCUGGAAACCCCACCAGAACGCACCUCGAACGACACCUUGCAAAGAUUAUGAACGCUCAGCGAGCGCUGGCUAUCAGCUCGGGAAUGGGUGCUCUCGAUGUCAUUACUCGACUACUCCGACCUGGCGAUGAGGUUAUCACUGGCGAUGAUCUCUACGGUGGCAGCCACCGUCUGCUUACUUACCUAGCUGCCAACCAAGGCAUCAUUGUUCACCAUGUCGACACAACAACCGUUGAUAGCGUGCGGGCACGCCUCUCGGAGAAGACCGCCAUGGUUUUGCUAGAGACUCCCACCAAUCCUUUGAUCAAGGUUGUGGAUAUUCCGUCUAUCGCUCGCUUGGCACAUGAAGUCAACCCCAAGGCUCUCGUUGUUGUUGAUAACACCAUGCUUUCUCCCAUGCUGUUCAACCCUCUUGAUGUGGGUUGCGACAUUGUGUACGAGUCUGGAACCAAGUACCUGUCUGGUCACCACGACAUCAUGGCUGGUGUUAUUGCCAUGAACGACACUCAGAUUGGAGACAAGCUAUUCUUUGUCAUUAACUCCACGGGCUGUGGUCUAUCACCAAAUGACUCUUUCCUGCUUAUGCGAGGUGUCAAGACUUUGGCUAUUCGAAUGGAGAAACAGCAAGCCAACGCUCAAGCCAUUGCAGAGUUUCUAGAGUCCCGUGGCUUCCGUGUUCGAUACCCUGGACUCAAAUCCCACCCCCAGUACGAUCUGCAUUGGUCUAUGGCUCGCGGUGCUGGCGCUGUGCUCUCGUUUGAGACUGGUGAUCCUGCCGUUUCCGAGCGUAUUGUUGAGGCUGCCCGUCUCUGGGCCAUCAGCGUCAGUUUUGGCUGUGUCAACAGCUUGAUCAGCAUGCCCUGCCAGAUGAGCCAUGCCAGCAUCGACGCCAAGACUCGAGCGGAACGGCAAAUGCCUGAAGAUAUCAUCAGACUGUGCGUUGGUAUCGAGGACCCGAAUGACCUGAUUGAGGAUCUUUCUCGCGCUCUGGUUCAGGCUGGUGCUGUGACCGUGACUUUGGAUGGUUUCCAUGCUGCUGGCGUAGCCAAGGAGCUUGGAGCAACCCCCCUUGUCAUUCAAUGAGCUACAAAAGUAUCGCGAAGAAGGGCCACGAAAGAACAGGCCAAUCCAAUUGAGCCUCAAGGAACAUUUUGAUUUUUGCAAGCGAAUUCGAUAGUCUGUUGAUUACCAUUUCUCUACCACCGGACUUGUCAUGGUUCUCGACCAUUGACGGAAUGGUGGCAAGGGGAAGUUCACCGCCGUAUACCGCCUCACCGGCAUUUCUAUCAAUAAAAAGUAAAGGAAAAGAAAAGGCCUGUAUUAUCAUCUCGAGCUGGCGUUGGCAGGGAUGAACCACGGAGUUAGAUUUAUUUAUUUUGGGAACCUGCAAUAGGUUUGAGACAGAUCCAGAAAUACGAAAGAUUCAAGAUCGAACAUACCCGUCUGCUGUAUCAGAAUCUCGUUGAUGCCAAGCAUUCUCGACUUGUCUCGUUGAUCCAGGAUGCAAACAUGUAGCCACCUCCUCUGUCUCUCUUCCCAGGCUUUGGAUGAUUGUCCUGGGUCGAUAUGACUAGGCCAUCUCUUUUAAGUGUGCUGGUAAUCAUGGUCAGUGCAAGCCUUGGAACGUGAAGAAGAAAAGGACCCGACCUUGUCGCUUCUCUCCCACUUAUCUCGACUUCAUGUGGCAUCGCGUUCCUCCUUUUGCUGUUGCUGGUGGUGAGUUUGGUUUUGGUCAAGGGUAUUGCUAGUUCAGAGGUCAGGCACACUGUCGUCCUCUCCACGUUUAACCCCCCAGUUUCUCGAGCAUACACUCAGGCGUCUCUUGUACUUUGACAAGCGACAUCCUUAUGGGCUAUGGUCCUGCUGAGCUUCGACCUCAGCUACUUACAGCACGUCCUUACCACCAGCCUCUCAGUUCAUCAUCGUCAUCAUGAUAGUCUCGGCAUUGAUAUCUCAUCAAGCCGCCCGCAUCUGGUUGGCGAAGCUACGCGAGACCUCCGACCUGAAGAUCGCGCUCACGCUGCUUGGGGUAUGACAGCGCAUCCUCAGGAGAAGGAUAUGCCAUCACAUCUCAUUCUACACGCAUCACGCACCUCGACACGGGCCUGGUCACGUUGGUGUAACGAAAUGUGCUCUGGGGAAAUCAGAACCAAAGCCGUAUAGAUAUAGGGGUGACACAGGCGACGGCGGUCGCACGGAGUACUUGAUGGUCAGAGUCGGGAGUUGAUAGCCUUGGUGUGAUUUCUGAGAGUGAAUGAGAAAAGAGUGAAGAGUGAAGAGAUAUCAAAACACUUUCAGCGACACCAACUGAGAGUGAAAUGGCUGUUGUUAAAUGGCAAUGUAACACCAAACAUCAUAUUCCAGCAGGACAAUAUACAUACCUAAAACAAAGGUUCAGGAAUCCCCG